CAUGUCAGUGUGUUUUUGUUAUUGUUGUAGGUUAGUGGAAAGACUGUCACAUUGAAUCAGAGGAAAGUUGACACUGCGUGUCGUUUUCUUUUAUAGCCUUUCGAAAUAGAUGGACUGCAAGUCCAUCUGACCGUUUCGAUCACUCAAUAAGCUGCGAACAACGCAAGCUCAAGGCGCAAGUGGGUGUGUCUGCUUCGUCACCAUGGAAAAGGCAGGGAAUGUAGAGUUUCGGAAUGUGGGGCGGAGCUACUUCCCCCAGAGCCGAGUGGAAUGCCAUUACAGCCUUAGCGCACAACACAGCUGGGCUAGCAACGACUGGAUUGGACUGUUUAAGAUGGGCUGGACGUCUGUAAGGAACUACCACACCUUUGUGUGGGCCCUUGUUCCUGCAGGUUACCAAGAGGGAACCAACGCCAACUGCUGCGUGCACUUUCAAGCCUCCUACCUGCCCAAACCUGGCGCAGAGGCGUACCAGUUUGUCUACGUGGAUGGCAAGGGGGCCGUGUGCGCCCGCAGCUCCCCCUUCACCUUCUGCGCCCCCAAACCGCUGGAGGACCUGGUGACCCUGGAAGAGGGGGAGCAUGGAGCAGAGGAAGGGGAGGACCUGCUGCUGGUGGUCCCUAGGGCGGAGCUACUGCAGAGCCGCCUGGAGGAGUGCCUGCAGGAGAGGGCAGAGCUGCUGCACGCCCGAGAGGCGGCAGAGAGAGAGAGCGAGAGGGAAAGGAAGACCAGGGAGUGGGCCAAGAGGGAGUGGGACAGAGCCAGGAAGGAGCUGGAGGAGGACAUCAGGGAACUGAAGGAGAAACUGAGGCGCAACAGAGAGAGGAUGGAGGAGAUGGAGAAGAAGCAACAGGAAGUGCAGUCGUCUCAGGAGGCAGUGGCUGAGGAGAAGGAAGGGCUACUGGCUGAGAGGGCAGAGAGCCAGAAGCGAAUCAAAGAGCUGGAAGAUGACAUCAAGGCCCUGACACACAGGGGGCUGGAGAAGGAGACCGAGUUGGAGAGGAUGAAGGAGAGGAUUAAAAAGAUGACAGCUCAAAGGAGGGAUGAUGAAAACGAGAGGAAGAGGCUGCAGUGUAAGCUGGAGCAGACGGAGGAGGAGCUCCGGGGUCUCUCAGCCGAGUUCCAGAGCCUGAGGAGCUGUCUGGCCCAGAGAGACACACACAUCCUACAACUGAAGGACUCCAUUACCACCCUGACGCACAGACUCAAUGCUGCACAGAGGAAAGAGGCGGAGAACGAGGCCACGGUGACGGAGCUGCGCAGCGUUCAGGAGCGCCUGGCCGCCAGCGAGCGCACUGUGGAGGGGCUGAAGGGGGAGCUGAGCGUGCUGGCCGCCCAGCGGGACCGAGGCCAGACAGAGCUGCACCAGGCCCGCAUGCAGGCCGCCCAGCUCACCCUGCAGCUCGCCGACGCCAGCCUGGCGCUGAGGGAGGGCCGGGCCAGCUGGGCGCAGGAGAGAGAGGCCCUGCAGCACACUGCCGAGAUGGAGAGAGAGCGGGUGGAGAAGCUCAGUGGAGAGGUGCAGCAGAAGGAGGAGUGGCUGCAGGAGGAAAGGAUGGAGAGAGAGAAGGUGGAGGUGGAGCUGGGAAGAGAGAAAGACUGUAACCGGGAGCUGAAGGCCUGUCUGAGAGUGGCACAGAAGGAGAAGGAGCAGCUGCUGCUGGUGAAAGAGGAGCUGAUGCAGUACAUGCGGCAGCUGGAGCAGAGGCUUGAGGCGGUGGCGGAUGCCAGGUGGAGUGAGGCAGCGUUCUCCUCCAGCCGUCCUGACAGCCCCCUGUCUGACUCCGAGGAUGAGAACCCUGAGGCACUGCAGCCUCCGCGUGCUGCCAGGCCCCCGGGGGCCUACAGCCUGUGUGAUCCCCCCCACCCCGAGACCCUGCUGCUGGCCACUCCCCCACCGUCGCCACGGGAGCUGUCCCGGGGGGGAGUGGUCAUCAGCCAGCCCGCCCCUCUCUCCUCUCCGAGGCAGCCGGGGAGUAGCACACUGACGCACAGCUCAGAGUCGGAGGAGGAACAGGAGAGCCCGCUGUCAGGCGGUCAGAGCUCUGGGGAAGAGACGGCCCUGCUACUGCCGGAGCGCAAGGACAUCGUCCUGAGUGAGCUGAUUGACUCUCCGCCAUGGUAAAGGAGAGCAGUGGCAGAGCACUACCAGAGGUCACCAGCAGGAGGCGAUGGAGUGUUACCAGGAUUUUGUCUGUUACAUUCUUAUAUGCAUACUUAAAACUUACAUACGUGUGGUAACAGCACAAUUAAUUUUUACACAUUCAGUACAUAAUCUAUGAGGCUCUAAGAGCAGGCAGAGGUUCUCAUUGCCACACACAUAAACCACAGUUUUUUUCUGCAUAAAUCACUGUAAUAUAUCAUCACAGACAUGACAUACACAUCAGACAUCAAAUAUGGGUGUAUGUUUAGGGAAAGACAAACUGACAGAUUGCGCAUAUUCAUUUUUUCCAGCAAGAGUGUGUGUGUGCGUGCGCCUGCGCGCGCAUGCCGUAGUGUGUCUCCCAUUCCAAUAAUGUUUUCACUGGCUUUUAAAUUUUAAUCCUCACGGCUAGCAGCCAACACCUAGUGUUACAGAUAACUCCAUUCGAGUAAUUGCAAUAAGUCAUGGUUAUGGUCAUUUUCACGAGUUCAUUUGUUUGGAAGUUAAAUUUUUAAUGUUUUUUUUAUGUGCACAUUUUAUUAUAUAAUCCUUUAAUGUCAUUUGUUGUUUAUUCAGCUGUUUGAUUUUAAAUCUAGUUUUUAAUCACAGGAAAGCUAUGAGGGAGGUUUAAGUCUGAGAACCAACCAAAAAGGGGCAAAAUCGUGGUUGCAGUUGAAAGUUAGCAAGGACCAGAUGAAUGCAGAAUGUCAGGAUGACAUUGGAACUGAUUUUGGAAGCAGAGAGAGAGGACAGGGGCACUUCAAGCCAGCAACAGGAGGGUAAGGCAUCACAAACUCCAUAAGGGAUAGAUCUCACAUAUGGUCCUGUGUCUCAAGACUUGUAUUCUGCAUAAAAAUACAAUACAAAAAUGAUUGGCAAAACUAUAGUUCAAACCAGCAAGUCACUGAUGAUGCAUAAUAGCCUGAUCCAUUCUGGAGCUCAUGAAGCCUUACUCUCCCAUCCUGCUGCAAACUCCUCUUUCUGUUCUGUGCUUUUUCAAUAUGUUGCACAGGAUGGUUAAACCAUGUCUUAUUGCAUGUCUAAUUUCAAUACAGAAACUUUACUGCUCUGAUGGCAACAUGAACAGGUAUGGACAGUGGGUCACAGGCUGUCAGCAACAUUGCGCAUUCUAGGUUACAGAGCAGGAUAGAAAUCAGCCUGUUUGAAAGUAAACCAGAUUGGAAUCUUAAGAUUUCUGUGACAAACUUUGACAAUGGCUGCCUGGCAGAUAGAGUUUGAUGGGGGAAUUCAAUGGGGAAAAUCCUAUUUGUAAAUAAUAUAAUUGUGAAUACACUGCAUUGGCAAAAAAAUAUUUUGAAAUGUACUUUUUUUCCUGAGGGCAGUGGACUAGAUGUAACAUGGCCAGCAGGAAAGUUCUAAACGAAGCUGUUCCAAAAUUUGUGUCCUGCUGGAGAAGACGAGUCCAAAGGGUUCAACAGGUCAGAGCUAAACUAAUGAAGUUUCAAGAGAAGGCAGAGAAUGAAAAGGAGGUGUGAAUUAAGAGUUCAAGACGUGACUAGCACUACUAGAAAAUACAUAUGACUGACAUGGUUUAACAAGAUACUGUAAAUAUAUUGAGUAAAAGCAUCAUAGAAGCCAGGAAUGAGUGGUAUAUAUGAACUGAAAAUGGUGUGAAUGUAUGAGCAAAACAUAAGUAUGUCAUGGCUGGAAUCGGGCUCGUUACUCGAUUUUGAGGAGGUCUGUUUUUAGCUACCAUUUAUUAUAGGCACUUACAUUAUGACUUGGCUGAUUUGACAUUGAAAUUGCUUUGCACCCAUUUUUACUGCUAGAAAAUACUUGUGUGUAAAAUCUUGGAUAUUGCACAUAAAGAAUUUACUCGCAGUUCCCACAGUAAUUGUCAUAGUCUUGCUGCAUCUGCAGUUGUAGCUGCAUCGUUACUAUGUUAGGUAUAUUCAAUAUAUUUGAUUUCUUUGUGUUCAAAAAUAUUACUUUGAGUGUUGACUUUAUUUUCCAUGUCGAAGCUAGUAGCAACAUGACCUCUGUCCUCUGUUGCGGAGACAAUACCAAAACGAGCUUACAAGGCGGUCUGACUGGUCUGUUGAAUUCAAACUUCUCCUAGUUACUGUUGAGAGACCGCAUUGUUCACGGUCCUGUUUUUUUUACAGUGUGUGAUCAAAUCCAUGGGUUAGCAUUAUUGGUGCUAUUACAACAAACUGAAAGAAACAGAAAAAAAUCAGAGUGUCGAUACCUUUGUGUACUGCACUCCUUAUUGAUACUAUGCCUAUAAUGUCCCUUGAGCUAAUGCAAUGGACAUUUCUGCAAAACAUUUCAGUUGUACUUUAAAUGCAAAACAGCUCAUUUCAUGGUAUGUUUCAUUAUCGAUAUUCCAUUGCAUAUUCAGUUCAUUUUAAGACACCACAAGUCUAAAGCUUGUCAUCUUAGUAAUCUUGAGAGUUCAAUUCUAUCUUAUUAUCAUGAAUAAAUAUUAUUCAUUAGUAUAAAGAGUUAUGAUAUGUUUGUAUACAUUUUGUUCUUUAAAAUUGCACCACAGAAGGAACUAGCAACCAUAUGGAGUCCUUGACAUUUAUCAACUUACUAAGCGUUAGGAGAACUUACUGUUUAAUUGUACCUGCAUGCCACUUAGCUGGAUAUCAGCUGUAUUUCAGUUCACUCCUUUUUUCAUGCAGUGUCCGUUAAAUCAGCGUUUCCCAACCCUGCUCCUGAAGGCACACCGUCCUGCAUAUCUUCUAUCUAUCCC